AUGGCUGAGAAACCAACUUUUAUCAAAAGCCACCUGAGUUGCCAUCUGUGUUCAGAGACCUUCAAAGACCCUGAGCUGGCUGAUUCCUUUGCUGAGAGACAGGAAGCGUGGACUGUAUGCAGUAAACAUCAAAAGGAGCCCCAACUGUUCUGUGUGGAUGAAGACAAACCUCUGUGUCCUGUCUGUGACUUUCCUCACCAGCAGAGUCACAAAGUGUUUCCUGUAGAUGAAGCAGUCAGUGACCUAAAGGGGAAGGUGAAAUCUGACUUAGAGUCUCUGCAGGACAAGAGGAACAAAUACAAACAAGUGGAGAAAGCAUACAAUGAAGUGAGGGAACACAUGAAGAAGCAGCUGUUGUCCACAGAGAGGCAGAUCAGAGCAGAGUUCAACAAGCUCCACCAGAUCCUGAAAGAGGAAGAGAAGUCCAGACUGGCAGCUCUGAGGGAGGAAGAGGAGCAGAAGGGGAGGACUAUCAACAGAGAGAUGAAGAUGAUUGAGGAGCAGAUCUCCUCUCUGUCAGACAGCAUCUCUGCUGUUGAAGAAGAGCUGCAGAAACACAGCAUGCCAUUCCUCAGCAGUUAUAAAGACACUCAGAGCAGAGCCAGAGCCCAGGGCUCAGUGUCAGAUCCACAGCUGGUCUCAGGAGCACUGAUAGAUGUGGCCAAACACCUGGGCAACCUGUCCUUCAGAGUGUGGGAGAAGAUGAAGGAGAAGGUCCACUUUAGUCCUGUCAUUCUGGACCCAAACACUGCAAACCGCUGGCUCUAUCUGUCUGAUGAUCUGACCAGUGUGAGACGUGAAGACACUUGGCAGAAGCUUCCUAAUAAUCCAGAGAGAAAUAUUAAAUAUCCCACUGUUUUUGGCUCUGAGGGCUUCAGCUCAGGGAAACACAGCUGGGAGGUGGAGGUGGGAGACCAUCCUGACUGGAUUGUGGGUCUAGUUAAAGAGUCAGCCGACAGGAAGGAAGAGCGUUCUGCUUUACCAAAAUAUCGUAUCUGGUGUUUAUGGUAUUGUAGUGGAAAAUACACUAAUGAUGUUGGUCAGACUGUGAAAGUGAAGAAGAGUCUCCAGAGGAUCAGAGUCGAGCUGGACUAUGACAGGUGGGAGGUGUCCUUCUAUGACCCUAAAGAUAUGACUCACAUCUACACUUACAGAGACACUUUCACUGAGAAACUCUUCCCAUUUUUUAGUAUUGGAAAGGCAGGGGAUGCAAAAACAUCUGAUAUCAAAAUAUGUCAGACUGCGAUUUGA